AUUUGGCCCUGUUUUUUUUUAUUAUUUUUUCUCUCCUUAUUUUUUUUCCCCUUUAUGGUUUUGAAUCAGUAAAGUUCCUUGAGUCGGGGACCAGUUUGGUUCUGUGGUUUUACCAGGAUUGUUUCCAUCUAAGAAAACGUUGCCAACUGUCCAACUUUAUUGAAUAAGAUUGUUCUAAGUUCUAACUUCAAACACGUCAAAGGUUGUACUUUCUUUUGCAAAUAAUAAAAAUAGUUACUUCUCUUCUUCGGGUGAUUUCUUGGCCACUCUGCAAUGGAGAAUGUUUUAGGUCUUAUCAAACUCCGUAUCAAAAGAGGCACUAAUCUAAAAGCUUGUGAUACUCGUAGCAGUGACCCAUAUGUUUUUGUCACCAUGGCUGAACAGGAACUAAAAACUGGUGUUGUGAAAGAUAACUGUAAUCCUGAGUGGAAUGAAGAAUUGACACUUUAUGUAAAGGAUGUUAACAAUCCCAUACAUCUGACAGUUUCAGACAAAGACACUUUCACUGUAGACGACAAAAUGGGCGAUGCAGAAAUAGACUUAAAACCAUAUCUUCGUUGUGUGAAGAUGGAAUUGAACGAUCUCCCAGAAGGCCAUGUAGUCAAGAUUGUUUAUCCAGAUAGGACUAACUGCCUUGCUGAAGAGAGCAGCUGCAUGUGGAAAAAUGGAAAAGUCGUCCAAGAGAUGAGUUUAAGACUGAGAAAUGCCAAGUCUGGGGAAAUAAUAGUGGAAAUUGAGUGGGUUAGUGUUCCAAAUUCAAAGGGCUUAUCAGAAGUUGAUUUUUAGGUGUGUGUGUACCUGCCUUAGCUUUAUUCUGUACUGCUUGUGUUAUGAUAUGUAUUAUCAUAAGUUGAUGUUACCAUGUAAGUUAUGGAGUGAAAACUAAACUUUAGUGAGUUGAAGAAAUAUCUAAACUAAUCAUCUAUAGUAAUAUAAAAAUUGUUCAGCAUUUGCAA